GACAAGGAGGAUGGUUUAGGAUUGGCUGACGGGUGGAGGGGUGGGGCACACCGUAGCCUCGCGCCCAAUGAGGCCGUUGGGGGCGGGACGGAGCCAAGGUAGAUCGGGGCCGGGUCCGGGGCUGGCGGGCUGGCGGGCUAGGCGGCCGAGCGGGCCGGGCAGCGAUGGCGGAGGCUGAGGCGGGCGGCGACGAUGGCCGCUGCGUCCGGCUGAGUGCCGAUAGGGCGCAGGCACUGCUGGCCGACGUGGACACGCUGCUCUUCGACUGCGACGGCGUGCUGUGGCGAGGGGAGACCGCGGUGCCCGGCGCGCCCGAGGCUCUGACCGCGCUGCGGGCCCAGGGCAAGCGGCUGGGCUUCGUGACCAACAACAGCAGCAAGACCCGCGAGGCCUACGCCGAGAAGCUGCAGCGCCUGGGCUUCGGCGGCCCUGCGGAGCCCGGCGCCGGCCCCGAGGUUUUCGGCACGGCCUACUGCACCGCCCUCUACCUCCGGCAGCGCCUGGAGGGCGGCGGGGUCCCGGCCAAGGCCUACGUGCUGGGCAGCCCGGCCCUGGCCGCCGAGCUGGAGGCCAUGGGCAUCUCGAGCGUGGGCGUGGGGCCCGAGCCCCUGCGGGGCGUCGGCCCCGGAGACUGGCUGGCUGAGCCGCUGGAUUCCGGCGUGGGCGCCGUGGUGGUGGGCUUCGACCCCCACUUCAGCUACGCGAAGCUGACCAAGGCCGUACGCUACCUCCAACAACCGGGCUGCCUCCUCGUGGGCACCAACAUGGACAACCGACUCCCGCUGGAGGGCGGAAGCUACAUUGCCGGUACUGGCUGUCUAGUCCGGGCAGUGGAGAUGGCUGCGCAGCGGCAGGCAGAGAUCAUAGGUAAACCCAGCAGAUUCAUCUUCGAUUGUGUGGCCAAGGAGUUCGGCCUCAAUCCAGACCGCACCGUCAUGGUGGGAGAUCGUCUAGACACAGACAUCCUCCUGGGGGUUACCUGUGGCCUCAAGACCAUCUUGACUCUUACUGGGGUCUCCAGCCUGGAGGAUGUGAAAGGCAACCAGCAAAGUGACUGUUCUUCCAGGAACAAAAUGGUUCCUGAUUUCUAUGUCGACAGCAUAGCUGACCUAAUACCAGCUCUUGAAGAUUAAAGAGUUACAAUGUCUUUAAUCUCCAAAAUAAAAAAUAAAAAAUAAGUUACCUUAAUCAAUGGGUGGGCUUGAGCACGUACUCAUCUAGAUGAGUACAAAGAAUGUAUUGGAAUUUAAGAAAUCUUAGUUUGUAAACCUUGCAAUUGAACUAGGGAGGGGGGGAGCAGAGGGGAUGAUUUUGUUUACAAAUUUCCUCUAUUUUAAGAUGCACUUUGAAAAGUAGGAGGGGGAACAUUGUAGUGCCUCCUGACUGUGUAUUUUGUUGGGAGGGAGAGCCCACCACAAUACCUGCCUUCCAGGGAUUCAGCUAACUUCAGAGUUGUAACUGAAGCAGCAGGGUUAGGGAAGGGUGUUUCAGGCUUUUGUUCAAAUUUAUCUUUCAGAAAACUCUGAAAUUCAAAGUUUAUUCAGGGAUAAGCCUUUUUUUCAGGCAGGGAGGUGGGGCUAUUUUGUGACUUCUGAGUACUGGUACAAACCAAACCAGGGCCAGCCUCAACAUCUUUUUGUCCUAGGUGGAGCCACAUCUUAGAGGCCUUUGCCUUAGGGUUAACAAGACUUGGGGAAGGAGAAGGGAACAUUCCCAUUUGGAGACCCUCCAUUGAAGCGAGGGUCUGUCCCCAUCUCUUUUCCUCUUACCCGUUCCCUUUCAAGACAACUGCACUCUGAUUGAUGUCACAAAUGGGCAUUUGUUGCAUUUCAAACUCAGGGCCCUUGGGCCUUGCUUUGCCUCCAUCCAGAUGUAUCUGUAAAAUCUCAGGACAACUCAGAAGGCCUGAGGAAGUCUCAAUCCAUCUCCAAUAUUUAUUUAAAAUAUUAAGUGAAGUAUAUUAUAUAGAACAGUUUAUUAAGUGCGUACUAGAGAGAAUGUAAAUGGUGUCCACCUUACCCAGUCUCCUUGUUUAGUACUGCUGUUUAGUGAACUGAAAGUGGGUGUUGGUACCAAAAACUAUUUUUUUACUUUUGAACAACUUUGUAAAGUGGUGGAAUUAAAUCUUCUGUGUACUAAUUGCUGUUCUCAUGUCCUAGGAAAAAUAUUUAAAAGGAUUUCAAAUACUUAGGACAUGUGCUGGCAGUGCUUCUGUGGGUGGGUGAGAAAAAGAGCUUCGGGGUCUGCUUUAGACAUGCCAGGCUUCUGACUCCCACCGUGGAAAGAAGCUUAGACCCAUGACAAAGGUGCCUCAUCUUAAACAACCUGCACGACUGCAGCCAUGUCUGGUAGUGGGAACAAGCCAAUGAGAAUGGGAUCCUUUUAAAAAGCAGAAGGCCAAAGCAGUGCAAGGCUGUGUAUAGCUUUGCAGCCUUUUCCUGUGAGAGACACAUGCACACAUACAUACACAUACACACAUACAUACAUACACACACACCCCUUUCUUCUGGGGGUUUAGAUGCCAGCAGUGUAAAAUUGCUGCUUGCCCUGGACUGUGGUAUGGGGAGACACUUAUGUGCAUCCUUUUUGAUGCUGGGCUUUGAAUUAGGAGGCCCAUGGCCUAUAGAAACUGGAAGUACACACCACCAUUUGGUGCUUCCUGUGGAGUCUUUAGGGACAUCUUGUGGCUUUUGAUCCUUCCCUGGGCCAUUGGGUAUCUCCUCAGUGUGGAAAUGUGGUUCUGUACUAGGAAAAGCAGCAUUCUGAUAGCCAAAUUCUCUAAGCAGUGUUAACGGGGUUGCACAGCAAGAUGGCAGAACUUCACAAGAAAAUUCACAUGAGAUGCCCACAGAUGUUUGUUCCCAUAGCAAUAAACACACAGGACUUACCUGUCUCCAGCUUCUUCCACAGUCUCAGCUACAGGCAGUAAGUGGGUAUUUUUCCUUGGCACUGUCAGCUGUGUAUGCCAUAUAUCAACCCCGGUCUCCCUCUUCCAUAUGUGAUUUAUAGAAAGAAAUCUUUUUGUGGGUUUAAAAGCUUGGUUCUGCUAGAUCAUAUUCUCAACAGGUCUAUUCGACUGUUACAAGCCAAUUCUAGAGUAGAGGGAGUAGGUAUAAUAUCACAUCCUGUUUGGGGUAGUUUCCUAGGUCAGAAGUCUGAGGCCCUUGGUUGUCCUAUCUGCCAUGGAACUGUACUGGUAAAGUGUUUGUGAACCUUCCAUGCCCCCUGGGGCUCAUCCCUCUGUAUUUACCCGAAUUCGUAUUAAACUUGCAAACCUGCUCAGACUCUUU